AUGCCGAUGAUGAACAAGAAACACUUGGGCGCUGCCUUGGUCACCUUGCCCUUGCUCAUGGCGUCGUCAUAUCGCGCAACAGCACGCCACCUCGACUGCCAAUUGACGUGGGGGAUGAAGUGCUACAACGACGAGAUGUGCUACAACCUCUGCUCGAUUGAACCGGGUUGCGGCUUCACCAGCGGCAAAUGCACCAACUCAAGUUGCGAAUGCAUCAAAGACAGAACCGUCGUGCGGGGAGAAGCCAACGACGGCGAAGGAGAAGCAGCCGGCGGCCAUGGAGGCGGCGGGAUGCUUAUCAGUAAUUGA